AUGGAACUGUGCGAUGAAAACGUGAAGUGGGAAGAAGAUCCGUUAGAAUUUGUUUUUAACGAUGAAAUACCGGGUCAAGUUCGCAUGCACACGAAACCGUUAAAUAUGCAUGAUUGGAUAAGAAUAGAUCGGACUUACGUUCAACAGAUGGAAUUGAAAGAAAGACUUUUACGCACACAACUCAAUGAUGUAUUCAUCACCAACCAAGAUGACGUAACAACGCAAGCAAAAUGGGAGCUAUUCGAAACAUUAUGCGCGUAUUUACCAGAACGUUUCGAGUACAUUUUUGAGAAGCAUAGUGAAUAUAUAUUCAAUAAAGUUACAAGAGAAAAGAUUUCCACUCAAGUCUCUGAUAAUUUAGAUCCACUGGUUCGUUGUGGUAAAUUAACACAAGAGGACUGGAUACUAAUGAAAUGGGAUGAAGAAAGAGAAGAGUACGUAUUAACGGCGGGUUGUGUAUGUUUUCCAAUGCGUUGGGUGCUAAAAGAAAAGUUAAACCAUAAUAUUGCUCAGCUUCAUGCACCAGUGAAAGGUUUCCUAAAACAUCUACUAUCGAAAGUGAAUAGUUUGCUUCGCAAUAUGAAACCAGAUAAACCUCUAACCAGAGGGAACUGGGUACUACUCAACGAUUUAAAAUCACCUAUGGAUCUCUACACUCCUGUAAAUCCAAAAGAAGUCAAUAAACCAUCUCACUAUAAAGGUGAUCUUACAGGGCGAGAGUUGAUAUUUCGUUCGGAAUAUCAAACACUAAGGAAACUACCUCGGUCUCAAUGUAUAGCUUUUAGUCUUCGAACCUAUCAAAGAUAUCUAGAAGAAUUUCAAAAUUUUAGUGAUAAAGAUUGUCGAGGGUUAAUUGAUGCUUUGGAAAGCAUAGACUCAGAUUUUCAUGAGUAUAAAGCCCUGUUUUUAUGGAAAGAUGCAGCUGUGAUGUAUUUAAAAAGCAUAUUAGCUUGUAGGGCGCAGAAUAGUAGCCGCCAAUGGGUUCUAUAUGGAACACUUAUUAGUGCAGGUGUUGCAGCCGCUGCUGCAUUUCUUUGGUAUCGCACAACGUUAAAACGAUAA